CAUGCAUACGUACAUGCGCCUACGUACACAUUUCUUCUUCUUCUUCAUGUGGUCAAGCUUGGUUGCAGCAUAUGGCGUCAACGCAGCUGCAAGAAGCUAGGAGAGGAGAGGGCAGCUGGGCAGGACAGGAGCAGACAGCAGACACUGGUGGCCGACUGGCCGUGGUGAACGCAGCAGCUUUGGCACUGCAAAAGCUCCAGUUUUUAUUUUUUUAUUUUUUUACACGGGUCAUCUUUUACAGGUAGGCGAGCGAAGCGAAUCUGGGAAUAAGGAGGGCGGCUGGACGGACCGCAGGCCGCCGCACUGCACACGGCCGCCAACAGCGCUUGUCUCGCCCGGUCGCCCCCUCUCGCGCGCGGUCCUUGAUGGCCCGUGCCCGUUUCCUCCUACACCUGCUCGUCCUCUCCGCCGCUUGCGUCUCCACCAAUGCCGCCGCCACCGGGUUCAGCUUCUCCCGGUUCGUGAGCGCGGACCGCGGCGCCAACGUGACGGUGCUGGGCGACGCCAACAUCGACCAGGGCGCGCUGCAGAUCACGCCGGACUCGCUCAACGACGCCGCCACCUACCUCACCCACAAGUCCGGCCGUGUGCUGUACGCCACCCCGUUCAGGCUCUGGCACCGCGAGGAGGCCGGUGGCCGUCACGGCAGCAGCAGCAAGCUGGCCAACACCACCGCCGGGGGCAAGAGGGUGGCGUCCUUCAGCACCGUCUUCACAGUCAACGUGUUCCGGCCCAACGGCACGGAGCCCGCGGAAGGGCUGGCGUUCGUGAUCGCGCCGUCCGCGGAGGGCCCCCCCGCGGGGAGCUCCGGCGGCUACCUCGGCCUCACCAACGCGUCCACCGACGGCGACGCCGCCAACCGGAUCGUCGCCGUGGAGCUCGACACCGAGAAGCAGCCGUAUGACCCGGACGCCAACCACGUCGGGCUCAACGUCCACAGCGUCGUCUCCGUCGCCACCGCCUCGCUCACGCCGCUCGGCGUCCAGAUCUCGCCCGCCGCCCCCGCCACCAAGUACGACGUCUGGGUCGACUACGACGGCGCCGCGCGCCGCGUCGCCGUGCGCGUGGCCGUGGCGGGGACCGCGAAGCCCCCGCGCCCGGUCCUCGCCGCGCCGCUCGACCUCGGGGCGGCCGUGGCCGAGUGGUCCUACUUCGGGUUUGCCGCGUCGACCGGACGCAAGUACCAGCUCAACUGCGUCCUGGCGUGGAACAUGACGCUGGAGAAGCUCCCGUCCGGCGACGACGGCGGUGGCAGGAGGCGGGCGCUCGGGCUCGCCGUGGGCGUCGCCGUCGGAGUGGCCGUGGGCGUGGCCGCGGUGGCCGUCGUCCUGGCGUACGUGUGCGUGGCGAAGCGACGGAAGGCGCGCAGCGGCGAAGGCAGCGGCAGCGCCAUCACCGGCACCAUGAUCCGGAGCCUGGCCGGCGGGCCGCGCGAGUUCGAGUAUCGCGAGAUCCGCAGGGCCACCAACAACUUCGACGACAGGAUGAAGCUGGGGCAGGGCGGGUACGGGGUCGUGUACCGGGGCGUCGUGGUCGGCGACCACACCAGCCCCGGUGGCGUCGGCAGCGCCGUCGAUGUGGCCGUCAAGAAGUUCUCCCGCGCCAGCACGCAGGGCCAGAACGACUUCCUCGCCGAGCUCAGCAUCAUCAACCGCCUCCGCCACAAGCACCUCGUCCGCCUCGUCGGGUGGAGCCACGACAAUGGCGAGUUGCUGCUGGUGUACGAGUUCAUGCCGAACGGGAGCCUGGACCAGCACCUGUUCACGCCGGCGGCGGGGCGGCAGCUGCUGGGGUGGGAGCUCCGGUACAACAUCGUCAAGGGCGUGGCGUCGGCGCUGCACUACCUGCACGACGAGUACGACCAGCGCGUGGUGCACCGGGACCUCAAGGCCUCCAACAUCAUGCUGGACGCCGCCUUCAGCGCGCGCCUGGGCGACUUCGGCCUGGCGCGCGCCAUCGAGACCGACAAGACCUCGUACAUGGAGGAGGCCGGCGGCGGCGUGCACGGCACCGUCGGGUACAUCGCGCCCGAGUGCUUCCACACCGAGAAGGCGACGCGCGAGUCCGACGUCUACGCGUUCGGCGCCGUCGUGCUCGAGGUGGUGUGCGGCCGCCGCCCACGCUGCGACAUCGAGGGCUUCCACUUCCUGGUCGACUGGGUCUGGCGCCUCCACCGCGACGGCCGCGCGCUGGAGGCCGUCGACGCCCGCCUCGACGGCGCGUUCGACGCCGCCCAGGCGGAGCGGCUCAUCCUGCUGGGCCUCGCGUGCAGCCACCCGACCCCAGCCGAGCGGCCCAAGACGCCGGCCAUCCAGCAGAUCCUGCUCGGGUCCAUGCCGCCGCCGCCGGUGCCGCCGUUCAAGCCGUCCUUCGUGUGGCCGGCCACCGACGCGGGGGCGGGGCUGGACACCAUGUCGACCACGGCGGGCACCACCACGAGCCAGCUCAGCUUGACGUCGGCGUCGACGUGGAGCGGCAGCUUCAUGAAAGGCAGCCUGAGGCACGCGUUCGAGCAAGAAGCCACCGAUUCCUUGGCGUAGCCGAGCUAUAUACGGUAUAAUUCUUCUUAGUGCUCUCGUAACACAGCAACCUGUUGGCCACGAUGGAAUUGUCGUCAUGUGGUCACUGUGGAGGUUAAUUGUUCAAAGCAGAGGGACCCCCACGAUCAAAGGCCGGAGAAAGAUGAAGACCUAUAGUGAUACGAUUGUUCGUUCGUGUGAACAUCUAAAUGUAUUGUUAUGUUUUCUUUGAUUUCUCUACUUUCGUUUGCUUGGUUCAAAUUUUAUCCCAUUGUAAGUAUUUUUUUUAGAUUUUUGAUGCCAUCGCUUGGUGACGACGAUUGUCCAGAUACGUAAAUUAUCUAAAAGAAGAGAUCUAGAGAGAGGGAGGGACAUAGCCAA